AUCAAGCAAAGAGGGAUAUGGACGAUUUGAAGAAAGAAGUUGACCUGGAUGACCACAAGUUAACCUUGGAUGAACUUCAGAGAAAAUAUGGAACCGACCUAACCAGGGGUCUUUCCAACGGCAGAGCAAAAGAGAUCCUGACUCGAGAUGGCCCAAAUGCCCUCACGCCUCCUCCCACAACGCCUGAAUGGGUCAAGUUCUGUAAACAGCUGUUUGGUGGUUUCUCCAUGCUGCUGUGGCUUGGUGCUUUCCUCUGCUUCUUCGCUUUCACUAUCCAGUCUAUAACAGUAGAGGAAAUGCUCAACGAUAACUUGUACCUGGGUAUCGUGCUUACAUUUGUGGUCGUCAUCAGUGCAUGCUUUUCCUACUACCAAGACGCCAAGAGCUCCAGGAUCAUGGACUCCUUUAGGAACAUGGUUCCACAGCAAGCCCUGGUCAUCCGUGAAGGCGAGAAGAAGAUGAUCAACGCAGAGGAGGUGGUGGUCGGAGAUUUGGUGGAGGUGAAAGGUGGAGACAAGAUCCCCGCUGAUUUUAGACUCGUCUCUGCUCACGGCUGCAAGGUGGACAACUCCUCUCUGACUGGUGAAUCCGAGGCUCAGGCUCGGACUCCAGACUGCUCCAGCGACAACCCUUUGGAAACCAGGAACCUUGCUUUCUACUCCACCAACUGUGUUGAAGGUACUGCCAGAGGAGUUGUCAUCAACACCGGAAACAGGACCGUCAUGGGUCGUAUCGCCUGCCUGGUUUCCAGUCUGGAGGUCGGCAAAACUCCCAUUGCUAUAGAGAUCGACCACUUCAUCAACAUCAUCACUGCCGUGGCGUGCACUCUGGGUGCUGCCUUCUGUAUCCUCUCAAUGUUCCUCGGAUACACAUGGCUGGAGGCCAUCAUCUUCCUCAUCAGUAUCAUUGUCGCCAACGUGCCCGAAGGUCUCCUGCCUACUGUCACUGUGUGUCUGACCCUGACUGCUAAGCGCAUGGCGAAGAAGAACUGCCUGGUGAAGAACUUGGAAGCUGUCGAGACCCUGGGCUCCACCUCCACCAUCUGCUCCGACAAGACCGGCACCCUGACCCAGAACAGGAUGACCGUGGCCCACAUGUGGUUCGAAAACCAGAUUUAUGAGCACCUGCUGGUGAUGAAAGGUGCCCCAGAGAGGAUUUUGGACCGCUGCUCCACCAUCAUGAUGAACGGGAAGGAGCAGCCUCUGGACGAAGAGCUGAAAGACUCUUUCCAGAACGCCUACGUUGAGCUGGGAGGACUUGGAGAGAGAGUUCUGGGCUUCUGCCAUUUCAACCUGCCUGAUGACGAUUUCCCAGAGGGCUUUCAUUUUGACACUGAUGAGGUGAACUUCCCCACUGAAAACCUGUGCUUCAUCGGCCUCAUGUCCAUGAUCGACCCUCCUCGUGCUGCUGUGCCUGAUGCUGUCGGCAAAUGCAGGAGUGCUGGAAUCAAAGUUAUAAUGGUCACAGGUGACCAUCCCAUCACAGCCAAGGCUAUUGCUAAAGGUGUGGGUAUCAUCUCUGAAGGCAACGAGACAGUUGAAGACAUUGCUGCCCGCUUGAAUGUGCCAGUCUCAGAAGUCGACCCCAGGGAUGCCAAGGCCUGCGUUAUCCACGGCAGUGAGCUGAAAGACAUGAGCUCAGAGAUGCUUGACGAUGUGCUGAAACACCACACUGAAAUCGUCUUCGCCAGAACCUCCCCUCAGCAGAAACUUAUCAUUGUGGAAGGUUGCCAAAGACAGGGAGCCAUUGUGGCUGUGACAGGUGACGGUGUGAACGACUCUCCAGCUCUGAAGAAGGCCGACAUUGGUGUCGCCAUGGGGAUCGCUGGAUCUGACGUCUCCAAGCAGGCCGCUGACAUGAUCCUGCUCGACGACAACUUUGCCUCCAUCGUUACCGGAGUGGAAGAAGGCCGUCUGAUCUUUGACAACUUGAAGAAGUCCAUCACCUACACUCUGUCCAGUAAAAUCCCUGAGAUGACACCCUUCCUCUUCUUCGUCCUCGCCGACAUCCCUCUGGCCCUGGGAACCGUCACCAUCCUCUGUAUUGACCUGGGAACUGACUUGGUCCCUGCCAUCUCCCUGGCCUAUGAAUUACCUGAGAGUGACAUCAUGCAGAGAAAGCCCAGAAACCCCGAAGUUGACAAACUGGUGAAUCAAAGACUCAUCAGCGUGUCCUAUGGACAGAUUGGUGUGCAGCAGGCCGUAGCUGGCUUCUACACAAACUUUGUGAUCCUGGCUGAAAAUGGUUUCCACCCCUUGGACCUGCUGGGGAUCAGAGGGAUUUGGGAAGACAAAAAUAUAAAUGACCUGGAAGACAGCUACGGACAGCAAUGGACAUACGAGCGCAGAAAGAUCCUAGAGUUCACCUGUCAAACUGCUUACUUCGUCAGUAUUGUAAUCAUCCAAGUGGGCGUUCUAAUCAUCUGUAAGACCAGGACGAUCUCCAUCAUGCAACAAGGAAUGAAGUCCAACCGUGUCCUCAUCUUUGGUCUAUUUGAGGAGGUAGCUCUGGCUGCCUUCCUGUCAUAUUGCCCGGGCACAGACGUUGCCCUUAGAAUGUAUCCUCUCAAGUUUUCUUGGUGGUUCUGUGCCCUCCCUUACACUCUCAUCGUCGUCCUAUUCGACGAAGCCAGAAGAUAUUGCAUCAGACGCUACCCAGGCGGUUGGGUGGAGCAGGAGACAUUGUACUAAGACAGCAAGAC